CUAGAUCUAACUUUAUAACAAACACCUUCAUCCCUCUCAACCGUUUUGUUUUUUCAUUCAAAUCUGCAUCUGGCAUCUGAUUCCAAACCCUAAAUCCCCAAAUCACACCUUCAUCUACUCAAAUAUCCUUCAAAUUCAACCUACAUUUUCCUCACCGAUCAUCAAUCUCUCACCGGAGAUUCAAAUCUACAAUGGCGACAAUGGAGAGCUUGAUCGGGCUCGUGAACCGGAUACAGAUGGCUUGCACUGUGUUAGGAGAUCACGGCGGCGAAGGUAUGUCGCUUUGGGAAGCUCUGCCUACUGUCGCCGUUGUUGGUGGCCAGAGCUCCGGGAAAUCGUCUGUAUUGGAGAGCGUUGUCGGUAGAGAUUUCCUGCCCCGUGGAUCUGGUAUUGUUACAAGGAGGCCAUUGGUAUUGCAGCUGCAUAAGAUAGAGAGGGGGACUGAGUAUGCAGAAUUUCUUCAUGCUCCAAGGAAGAAGUUCACUGAUUUUGCUGCCGUGCGUAAGGAGAUUGAAGAUGAAACCGAGCGUGUUACUGGGAGGUCAAAAGCCAUCUCUAACCGUCCAAUUCACCUUAGCAUUUAUUCUCCAAAUGUUGUGAACCUGACUCUCAUAGAUCUUCCUGGGUUAACAAAAGUUGCUGUAGAGGGACAGCCAGAAUCAAUUGUUGAGGAUAUUGAAAAUAUGGUCCGUUCUUACGUCGAGAAGCCAAAUUGUAUUAUUUUAGCAAUUUCUCCUGCUAAUCAAGACAUUGCCACGUCCGAUGCUAUAAAGAUUGCUAGAGAAGUUGAUCCUACAGGUGAACGAACGUUUGGAGUGGUAACUAAACUCGAUCUCAUGGAUAAAGGAACCAACUGUCUGGAUGUUCUUGAGGGAAGAUCCUACAGGCUUCAACAUCCAUGGGUCGGAAUAGUGAAUCGUUCACAAGCAGAUAUUAACAAGAAUGUUGAUAUGAUGGCUGCUCGAAGAAAGGAGCAAGAAUAUUUUGAAAGUAGCCCUGAUUAUGGGCAUCUGGCACCUAAAAUGGGUUCAGUAUAUCUUGCAAAGCUUUUAUCCCGGCAUUUAGAGAGUGUUAUCAGACAGAAGAUUCCAAGCAUAGUUGCAUUGAUUAAUAAGAAUAUUGAUGACAUUAAUGCUGAGCUGGACCGCAUUGGUAGGCCAAUUGGAACAGAUGGAGGGGCACAACUUUAUACAAUAUUGGAAAUGUGUCGUGCAUUUGAUCGUGUGUUCAAAGAGCACCUUGAUGGAGGGCGACCUGGUGGAGAUAGGAUAUAUGGAGUGUUUGAUCAUCAGCUACCAGCGGCGUUGAAAAAGCUUCCACUAGACCGCCAUCUGUCAGCCAGUAACGUCAGAAAAGUUGUUUCAGAGGCUGACGGUUAUCAGCCUCACUUGGUUGCUCCUGAGCAAGGAUAUAGAAGACUUAUCGAUGGAUCUCUUGGUUAUUUCAAGGGCCCUGCUGAAGCUUCUGUUGAUGCAGUACACUUCAUUUUAAAAGAACUUGUGAGGAAAUCCAUUGCAGAGACAGUGGAGUUGAAGCGUUUCCCAUCACUCCAAGCUGACAUAGCAAAUGCUUCAAAUGAAUCACUGGAAAAGUUUCGCGAUGAAAGCCGGAAGACGGUUAGCCGACUGGUCGAAAUGGAAUCAACUUAUCUAACAGUCGAUUUUUUCCGUAAAAUUCAUGAGUCUGAUCUGAAUCCCAGAAACAUGUCUGAUAAGAAUUCCAGAGAUGAUAAGCAUUCUAGAGACGAUAAGCAUUCUAGAGAUGAUAAGCAUUCUAGAGAUGACAAGUAUUCAAACAGAUCAGGCCCAAAUGCAGCACCAGAUCGCUAUGAUGAUUAUCACUUUAGGAAGAUCGGGUCGAACGUCUCUGCUUACAUUGGUAUGGUUUCUGAUACUCUGAGGAACACGAUACCAAAGGCUGUCGUUUAUUGUCAAGUCCGAGAAGCAAGGAGAUCAUUACUGAAUCUCUUCUAUGCGCAAAUUGGUAGAAAAGAGAAAGAACAGCUUGGUAAAAUGUUGGAUGAAGAUCCGUCGCUCAUGGAAAAGAGAGAGAUGUUAGCCAAGAGACUUCAGCUGUACAAGACUUCCAGAGACGAGAUCGAUUCAGUUGCGUGGAAGUGAGUUAUGAAAUCGGGUAUGUUUGGAUUUCAGCAAGUUUAAGGGUCUUGUUAUGUUGUACUCUAAUUCAUAUUCAUAUUCAUAUUCAUAUUCAUUACUUGUAGAGUGUGUGAUUUACGAAAAAUGUGAUCAAAGAUACUGUUUUGUUUCUGUGUUA